AUGGAACACUCUCUCCAGUAUGGUCAGGCACACCUUGGCGCAGUUGCGGCCCUCGGUGGAAAGGACAGUUUCGGAGGAUGUGUCACCUGGUUUUUUAGUUUCCUCCCACGUUACCGUUUUCCCGCUAUAAGCGUUCACAUACGCGUGUCGGAGUUGCUCGGUGAAUUUGGUCAUGCCGGCCUUGAGGGCGUCGAGGAGAAGCGGGUUGUGGAAGCCGUGGAAGUUGGAGGGGGAGAGGGAAGUGACUUGGGAUUUGAGAUUUUCUAG